CCCUCUUUCCUUUCCCAUCUCUUGCCUAUGUGCGCCGUGCCGCUUCAUGCUCAAUGCAAGCCGGGCAGAUGCACUGGAAGUUAAACUGAGUCGACGGUGAGAGGGUGACAAUGAGGUCGAGCGGGAGAAUAUAUUUCCAGCAGCUGACCAGACUGUCAAGGUGGACUCUGCAGAUGUGAAGAUCAGAAGACUCUUGUGUCGUUGUUUGGAUCUUUACAUUACCGACGUUUCGAAAGAGCAGCCAGCGGUGAGGUGUAAAACUCCAGCUUGAAGCUCAGCCUCGAAAGGAAACUGCCGGACUGUAAAUCUGCCCAUCAGCCUCUCAUGAGCAUCUGAUUAAAAGCCAGAAGGCUACGCACGGAGGAAUCAGAGAAGAUCCUCAAGAGGAAAAUACUUGUGUUUUUACUUUAUUCAUACUUUUUAUAGUUUUUAUCUGCACUCCUAUCCUUGCGGCUCAGGAAUGUCGUGAGCUUGUCAGUCCAUUUAUCAAGUGGGAAGUGAUUUCUAACACAAACAGGGACGAGGCCACCUUUUACAAACAAACACCCUCACGGACCAGAGGAGUCUCACACUUGCAUUUCGUUCAUAGUUGUUCCACCCAACUUGAAAGAAUACUUCUGAUUGUUGGACAGUGACAGAUCCAGGAUGCAAGUCUCACUGGUGUGCACCGACCACCGCGGCGGGGUGAGUCGCACCACGGAGGACCGGCUCAACAGACAAAACGCCAACAGCCCUGGCACAGGGACGCGAAGCAAGUUCCGAGCCGUGGCCAUGGUGGCCCGCAGUCUCGGGCAGCUUUCCGUUCAGAGUGUGCCAUCUUCCAGCGAACAAAGCAUGAGGACCGGCAUGAAGUAUAGGAACCUUGGGAAGUCGGGUCUGCGCGUGUCCUGUCUUGGAUUAGGAACAUGGGUGACAUUUGGCGGGCAGAUAACAGAUGAAAUGGCGGAGCAGCUGAUGACUCUGGCGUAUGAAAACGGCAUCAAUCUGUUUGACACAGCCGAGGUCUAUGCUGCUGGGAAGGCUGAGGUGGUGCUUGGCAACAUCAUAAAAAAGAAAGGCUGGAGGCGCUCCAGUCUGGUGAUAACAACAAAGAUCUUUUGGGGAGGAAAGGCAGAGACUGAAAGAGGUUUAUCUCGAAAACAUAUUAUAGAAGGAUUAAAAGCUUCUCUGGAGCGACUGCAAUUAGACUACGUUGACGUAGUAUUUGCCAACAGGCCGGACCCCAACACCCCAAUGGAAGAAACAGUUCGAGCAAUGACCCACGUGAUCAAUCAGGGGAUGGCCAUGUACUGGGGGACGUCCCGCUGGAGCCCCAUGGAGAUAAUGGAAGCAUAUUCUGUGGCACGGCAAUUCAAUCAGAUCCCUCCUAUUUGCGAGCAGGCCGAGUAUCACAUGUUUCAGAGAGAAAAAGUGGAAGUGCAGCUACCCGAACUUUUCCAUAAAAUAGGUGUGGGGGCCAUGACGUGGUCACCGCUGGCCUGCGGGAUCAUCUCAGGGAAAUACGACGGAAGGGUGCCCCCGUACUCUCGGGCCUCUCUCAAGGGUUACCAGUGGUUGAAGGACAAGAUCUUGAGCGAGGAGGGUCGGCGUCAGCAGGCGAAGUUGAAAGAGCUGCAGGCGAUCGCGGAGCGGCUGGGCUGCACUCUGCCCCAACUCGCCAUCGCAUGGUGCCUACGUAACGAGGGGGUGAGCUCUGUCCUUUUAGGGGCGUCCAACACCGACCAGCUUAUGGAGAACAUCGGAGCCAUUCAGGUUCUCCCAAAGCUGUCGUCGUCCAUCACACACGAGGUGGACAGCAUCCUGGGCAACAAGCCGUACAGUAAAAAAGACUACCGCUCUUAACGCCCGGUAGCCGCAGCACGUCUCGCCUUUUUGCCUGAUCCUCCGUUUGCUUGAGCUUCUACUGAGCGAGACCCCCCGACCCCCGCCCCUCUCCUCCAACCCCCUUCAACUUCAACCCUCCUGGUGCAUGAGUGUGGUCACACCAAAAGGCCACCGGGGGGCUCCCUCGCUCAGGCGUCUCUUGAGAGGUUUGCAAAUCAGACGUUCGAUAGGAAAACGAGUGGAAAACAUGAUAAGCACACGCUGGCUUGGUUGAUUAACGUUAUUGGGCCACGCGGAGCAAGUGGACGGUCAUUCGUCUUUGUUUCUGUCUUUGUCUGACAAAAAUCAGCACUUUAGUAGGGUCGGUGUCGCUACCUAACCACAUUCUUAGCCCACACACGUUGCACUAGACAAGAAGAAGAAGUUGCCUCUUGGUACGUCUCGCAUCCUGACGUCCUCCGUCAUUAUUGUUUUUGUUUUGUUUUUGUUUUUUUAGUCUAAUACAUCCACACUCCUCCUGCCUUUUUAUUACCCCCCUCCCCCUUCCCGAGGCUCCUCCAUCAUUCUCGUCCCCGUCAUUAGCACCAGUUAACAUGCCUUCGUCUUUGGAUUUAAGGUUAGCUACAGGAAGCAGAUUUGUUGGCUCAUGUUCACGAUCAAAAGGGGUUAAUACGCCUGCAUCUUUUUUAAACGUCAACUUUUGCUUUAAUAACUUUUUUGAUUUUUUUGAUCUGGCCGUUUUGGUUCCUGUAUGCCAUCGUGGUGUCUUAACGUGCCCAUGUCUUAAGUUUCAACGUUAGCAACAGGAGGGUGCCAUCUUGGCUCUCAGUCUUCAGUUUAACAUUUAAGGGGAAUUCCACUGGUUUGCAUUCUCAAUGUAUCCAAUUAGUCAUGUAAUAUGAACUCUAUUUUGACAAUGUGAUGUUAAAUCCUCUCAUUUAAUAGUGUUUUGAGAAGAUUUUUAGCGACAAUUACGAAUUUUCAGGGGCGCUGCCAUUGGGCGAGUCACAUGACCUACGUGCGCCGCUGUGAUGCGUUAUGUGCUGCAACAAAUUCUCAAUUACAUGGGACACCAUUUAUGCCCAGCUCUGAUUUCUCAGAUUUAUCCUCAUCUGAUGAAGAAAUAGCAGUAUCAGAUACUACUACUAGUAAUAAUACUUCCAUAAACAGCCGUGAGUGGCACAGCUCUGGGGCUCGGGGGAGCUGUGAGCUUGGUUCACGGCUGUGUACGGAAGAGUAUUCCUCCGUCUUCCUGAUCAACCGAACGGCUGAGCAUCUCACGGCUGUGUACGCAAGUAUUCCUCCGUCUUCCCGAUCAGCCGAUACUGCUAUUUCUUCAUCAGCGCUGGGCUUAAAUAGUGUCCCAUGUAAUCGAGCCUUUGCUGCAGCACAUAAGGCGUCACAUUCGCGCACGUAGGUCCUGACUCGCGAAAAUGGCAGCGCCCCUGAGAAUUCAUAAUUGUCGAUAAAAAUCUCAAAACACUAUUAAAUGAGACAGGAUUUAACAUCUCAUUAUCAAAAUAGAGUACAUAUUACGUGACCUAUUGGAUACAUUGUUCAUGCAAACCACUGGAAUUCCCCUUUAAGUUUGUCUGAAACGUUAGCUCGAGGAAGCGGCCACGUUGGCUGUCAGAGGUUAACAUGCCCGCAUCUUUGGUUUUGUUAGCUUUAACGUUAACUUUGGCUUUAAUGUUAGCUUUAACUCUAGUAUUAAUAUUAGCUAGUGACCAUGUUGACUCGUUCUCCAUCACAGGAUGUCAACAUGCCUGCAUCUUUUGCUUUGCUGUUAACUUUAGCUAUAACAUUUAGUUCAAGGAAGCAGCCGUUUUUGGUUUUAACGAUAUCUAGAGAAGCUGCCAUCUUGGCUCUUGUUUGGCAUCAGAGGUGAAAAUGCCCAAAGUGUUUAGCAUUAGCUGGAGAGAGCGUCAUCGGUGUGUUUUGGAACAGCUCUUUCUUUCGCUUUAACUUUGUUUUAAUGUAAAUUAUUGGAUAUAACUUUUGACGCGCUGUCAGAGAGUGUUGACUUAUCUUUAGCUUGAAGUUGGCAUGAGGAAGCAGCCAUGUUUGGCAUCAGAGGGUGUUAAAUGGACCUGUGUCUUUAGCUUUAAUGUUUGGCGUAAAAAUGGUGGUAGCGUGUUUGUUUUUAACUUUAACCUUGCUUCCAUGUUGGCUGACCAUCAAAGGAUGUUUGCACACCUGUGUCUUCAGUGUUAGCGUUAGCUAGAGAAAGCAACUCUUUGCUUUUUGUUUGAGUUUUUUGCCUUAUUGUGUCCCACCAGGGGGGGAUACAUCGGAUUCACAGUCCACUGUCAAGAUGUUGUUUGGACAUGGAAAAUACAGAUCAUGAAAUCUACUUGGAUCACAGUGAUUUUUUUUUUUUUUCAACCCAGUACUGUACUUUAAGAUCUCAAAAUGGGCCAAAAAUGUUCUCUCACUCCUAUUUGACCAAGUUCACAUUUUUCCCACUUUGUUUAAUUAACAAAAGCCAUUGUACAACGUGUUCUCUUUGUAUGCGACUGCAGUAUUGCGAAGAACAUAAGGAUCCCCAAUAGGGUACUUUGGGGCCAUUUAAGAUCUACCAUGCAUAUCAAGUUUUUUGUUGUGUGUGUGAGACCUUGGCAUAAUGAGCAAUUUUUGUGUGUAUGUUUUGUUUUUAUUUUGUUGGGUGGCAGCAGCUCAGGGAAGCCAGCAAGUGUUUUUUUUUUUUUUUUUUUUUUUCUGGGGUGGCAGCGGGGUACGGUUAGUGAGUUUGAGUGUGUAAGGGGCAUUUUAUUCUUUUUGGGGUGUAGGGGGUCAAGCCAAAGAUACGUCUGAUAACGGCAGUCACGGGAGAAUAUGUCACGAUGCCCAGAAAAUGUUAAAUGUAAUUCAGAAAAGGCUCCAUGUUUCGCUAGUCCUGGCUGACAGGUAUUUUAUCAGCAUUACAUUUGAAUACAAAAAAAAGAAUAGCAUUUUGCAAAUUAAUGUUGGAGUCUGCAAUCUAGCAACUUCUCUUAUCCAAGACUCAAAGCUUAACUUUAAAAAAAAAAAAAAAAAAGAUUAUCAGGCAUUACCAUAACAUGAACAUUUUCCAUAGAUUUUGACUCCAGCUCUCAGCACCCCAAGCAUCGAAAAAAAUGCCCCCACCCUAAUCAUGUGUGAAACCCCCGGUUCAGUUCAGCACAAGUGGAGCCUCAGUCAAGGCGUUUUGAUUUUGAGCAGGAAUCGCGUGAUGAUUUUGUGUUAGUUUGCUGUGUUCUUAAUCAGUCGCUUUAGGAGGAAGUGAGUCACCAGAGAGCCUCGCCGCACAAGAUGCAUCACUCGGUCGUCUGCAUCGUGGUCGUUACGCGCAUCAACAAUGGAUGCCAAAAACAAGGAAUUCUGGGUUUAUGUUUUCGCCUGUAAAAAUUCAUCAUCAUCUUGACUGUUUUUUUUUUUUUUUUGGCACUCUCGAUAAGACUUAACAGUCGUGUUGCGUUUGUGGAGAAAAAUGGCCGAGAGAGACAAAGAUCUUGUGUACAUAGUGAGACCCGUGUAUACA